UCCACCCACGGGCCUUUAUGCGCAUGCUCUUCCAGCUCCUGACGCGAGCGUAGUAGGGAGGUGCAGGUGUUGUCAUGGAGGCCGCUGCGAAGCUGGGGCAGGCGGAGGAGGUCCCCGGAAACCAAAGAGUUCAGCGGGUGACAGGAGCCUUGGUGGAGCGCACCUCGACCCCCGGCGGCGUGGCCCUGGUGAGCCCCUACCACACCCACCGGGCCGGGGACCCCUUAGACCUCGUGGCGCUCGCAGAGCAGGUGCAGAAGGCUGAUGAAUUCAUCCGAGCAAAUGCCACCAAUAAACUGACGGUCAUAGCUGAGGAAAUCCAACAUUUACAAGAACAAGCCAGGAAAGUGUUGGAAGAUGCUCACAGAGACGCUGAUUUGCACCGUGUAGCCUGUAAUAUAGUCAAAAAGCCCGGCAGCAUUUACUACCUUUAUAAACGGGAGAGCGGUCAGCAGUAUUUUUCUAUUAUUUCUCCAAAGGAAUGGGGGACAGGUUGUCCGCAUGAUUUCCUUGGUGCCUACAAGCUACAGCAUGACUUGUCCUGGACUCCAUAUGAGGACAUUGAGAAGCGCGAUGCCAAAAUCAACAUAGUGAACAAGUUGCUGAGCCAGCCGGCGGCCUUGCCUCCAGCCCCUGAACUCUCCUUCCAGUGACCGACUGAGAGCGGACACUCGUAAAUAGCUCUCACGGCAAGGACCUGUCACCACCUUGUUGUCCUCAUUUUCUGCCUUGAUGGGAGGUGCCCUGAGAAUUGAGGUAUUGUGGGUGAAUCAUGAACUUCUUGAAUGGAGACCCUGUGUGGGGCACCUGGGUGGCUCAGUUGGUUAAGCAGUUAAGCUUCUGCCUUUGGCUUAGGUCAUGUCCCUGGGGUCCUGGGAUCGAGCCCCAUGGCGGGCUCCCUGCUCAGCGGGGAGCCUGUUC